AUGAAGCUCCCGCUGACGCUGCAUCCUGCGAACCAUCUCGCUGUGCAGUGCCUGCUCCUUCACGCCGCACUCAGCUCAGACAGCGUCAGCGGCUUCACCAUGGACGACGCCCAGCACGAGCAGUACAACACGGCCGCCAGUAUCGCACGACUGCGCACACGCUACCACUGGGAAGGGCAGCACGGCCGGCGCCAUAUGGUACGGCUGUCGCACUGCUGGCAAGGACUACUGCGCCCACCAGCAGUGGCUGCUGCGGCCUCCGUGACCGGCAGCAGCGCUGCACAGUCGACGACGGUAGCGGCACCGACAGGGGUCCCGGUCAGUUGCGGUGGCGCGCCGUCUUCGCCGGUGCCUCCGUCGUCGGUGCUCGAAACAAGACAGCAGCAGCCGGCAGAUGAUAAUCGUGCGCUGGCCUUUGCGGCUCCCGCCCGACUCAUCGCGCUUUACGCCCCUCCCGUCCUCCUUCGUGGGCUGCACCGGCGCCUCCACGACAUGGUCAGCUACGACGCCGCAGUGCACCACGCAUCGCUGCUGAGGCAACUGCUCGCUCCAUACGGCAUCCACGUCGCCGUGACCGGCGCCACGCGACGCGGCUGCCCAUUUUCCCUCCAGGCAGAGUAUCUUCUCUGCCUCACGGAGGCGGCGACGUUCGAGGUGGAGGCAGUGCACCCAGGCGACGCUGGAGGGCUGGCGGAGAGCGACAGGGGUGCAGUCGAGGAUGCCAUCAACGACCACGGCGACGACGCCAGCGGCAGCCGUGCGUCCGCAGUGAGCACGGCGGCCAUUGCCGUUACGGAUCCUCGGACGCGUGAGGCACGGUGCUCCAAGAUGCGGGCGAAGAGGGCGGCGAUUCAGCGUGAUGCGCUGAUGUUGCGUCCGCCAUCAUUACCGUCUGCGUCGUCGCUGGCGGCCGCAGCCAGCGUUUCCAGGGAAGAGGAUGGCGCCGCAUCAGCGGUCGCCGGCGGCGGCACCGGGCACCGUGACCAGGCACGCAUUCGUGUGUGUCUCGGGGGAUCGCUGCGACGACGCUACUGCGACCGGCGCAGUGCCUUCUCAUCGGCCGACGUUGUAAGCCCACAGGUUUCAUACCGCGUGCGACGCGCGCUAGAGAGCCUCGUCCGGUGCGGCUACAUCGUGUCCGCCGCCCAGCCGUUCCCACCAUCGCAGUCGCAUCUCGAGGCACGCAAGGUGAUGUACUUGACAGCGCGCUAUGACCCGCACUUGCCAGCGCAGGUACCACCACGGGCAUGCACCGACCCUGCCGUGCUCCGGCGCCUGCAGCUGCACCGGCUCGUUCUACGCCUUUGCCCGUGGCAUGCGUUUGCCGCGCGGCAGCUGCUCCUAACGGGUCCGGCGGAUUUCACCACCCACGUGAUGCUGCAGGCACUCGAUCACGGCAUUGACGUGAACAUGAACGGCGCCUUCAUGUGUGGCGAAGCCUGCGCGGCGAGCGGUGAUGGCGGAGUGGGCAACACAACCCCCGCCAUCGCCGCUACGACUGCGAGUGAGGCUCACGGUGGCUCCUUGCCACCAGUGCACCACAAGGGGCAGACGCGGCGCCGCUGCGACCUUGUCGAGCAGCUCAUCCUGCAAGACGAGGAGGACCUUGUAUCACUCGCAGGGCUGCCGCGUAUUGACCCCAUGCUGCGCGGUCUCUACUGCCAGCAAAAUCACCUGUGA